AAUAAAUUGAGGCACUACAAUUUAUGCGUCAUCCAUCGAGUAUUCGAAAUUUACUUUACGUUGAGUAACUGAAUCGUGUUUAAUUGAAGGAGUAAUGUGAGUUGGUUCAUUAACUACUAUGCUUACAUCAACCACCUCAGAUGAUGAAAUCCUACAACCUCUUCAAAUGACCCCUUUUGUUAUACCUAAAACUUUAUGCUCAACUCUAAUAUGCCAAUCGAUAUCGAUUAUCCGUGUUGUGUGCGCUAUGUAGACUAGUCAAUCGAUCAAUAAUUGUCACGUUCAGAGUCUGAAUGUGUAACCUGACGGUAGACGACAGAUGUCUAAUCCACUGAAAUACGAGAUUACAAAAUAUACACAUACAUGGAUCAAUAAUGGCGUCCCCAGCCCCCCUCCCCCAGAAACUUCAACUCACACUCAAAAGUCGUCAUUAUGGAACAUAACCCAUGUGUUAUCUAAUAAUAAUCAAUCAUUCAAUUGUUCAAUAUUGAUGAUAAUUUAAAAAUGACAAUCGAAAAAAGUUAUGACGCUACAGUUUUAUUAAAUACGCUCAAAUUUUAAAUUUUGAAAUUGAAAAGAAUACUAAAAUACACACACACAUUAACGCACAUAAGGACUGUACGAAUUCAUUAUCGAUUAUAUGCAUUUAUAACCUUUUAAAUGUGCAUAUUGAUCAAUAUUUUAUCGAUUUUUGUAUCGUUAAUAUUAACUAUUAUCUGGGCUGAACAAUCGUCCACAAGUAUUAGUGGUGGUAGUACACUUGUCAAUGUUGUACAACAUGAUGAAAAUACACUGAGUAAUUCAGUUACCUGGAAUCCUAUUGGACAUUGUACUCUAGUGUGUUUAAAUAAUGGAACAUGUCGUCUGGAUGAUAAUAUUAAAUCAAAACCUUACUGUGUAUGUACUCCAGAUUUCAAAGGUGUUGACUGUAGUGAAGAAACUGAGGCAGAUUUAACAACCUGUGAGGAGUCUACAUGCAAAUAUGGCGGAAUGUGUGUAGGCACAACGAAAGCACCGAGAUGUUUAUGCAAAGAAAAUACACGUGGUAAAAGAUGUGAAAGACAUGAUCUAGUUUAUGGUGUAGAAAUGAAGAUGUAUGAAAACGGUGUGGAGGCUGUCUGGAGUACGGAUUAUGAAAAGGAAUCUUCAUCCAUGUCUAUGUACAGUAAAAAAGCGAUGGAUGUAUGCAAACUACUGCGUUUGUCGAUAGCGCAAGGGCCUGAUGCAUGGCUGUCAAGUUCAUUCAUCGAUUGUAUUCUACAGAAUUACAAAUAUGGUUCAGUUAUCAUAACAGUCAAUUUAGUAUUGGAUAUACCUUUAAAUAUGCUAACAAAUAUAUCAUCUGAUGUAGUUGAACAGCAAAUUAUUAUUGGCCUACAGAAAUUGAAUCCUAACUUAGAAGAGUUCAAAGCAAUUUCAUUGGCUGAUAUAAUUGGCGGGAAUUCCUUAGCCUUCAAACUGUAUGCUAUUGAUCCCUGUACAAAUGGUAAUCAUGACUGUUCAACAAACGCUAAGUGCAUUUCCCAACCACAAGGAACCUAUGAGUGUCUUUGCAAUGCCUUCACAGUUGACGCAUCAAUGGAUGCCAACUUUCCUGGACGACGUUGCUUGUAUGAUGGUUUGAUUAUAUUUGCAUUUGCUAUAAUUGGUUGUUUGAUAUGCACUUUCACUGUACUAAUUUGUGGAUGUCGUCGAACAAUUUGGCGAAGAUAUCGUAAUGGACCAGAAUCAAUUGAUCUGAUAAAUAUGCCAAGGAAUUAUGAUAUUUAAUGUUACUAAUGUCGUUACAUUUAAAGAAGGCGCCAAAAACUUUUUAGUAAAGUAAUCUAUUUAAACAAGCAUCACAUUUCUUGAAGUUAUUGACUUGAAACAUUUUGAAGUGUUAUAUGUUGAAUUCCUGGAACAGGGAAAGUGAAUAAAAACAGAUGUUGAAACUCAACAAGGAUCCUUAUGUAUGCAUUCUUAAAUGAAGGACGUUUCAAAAGCUUUUCCAUUCUAUUCACAAUUGAAUAAAUAUACUUCCAUCCUCCACUCUAACCUCAAGCAAAGCAUCUUCAGGUAUAUACAUAUCUACAAAUCUGUUAAAAUCUGCCCACAUCAUUCAAAAUGUGUAUAUUUUUCUUCUGAUGUUUUGCUCUAAUGAAUCGUUUUUCUGUUUUGUACUGGUGUUAAGAUCAAAUCCUUGUUUAUCUCUUUUCUAAAACUUCUUUCAUAGACAACCUGAUGAGGAUUUAUUUUUUAAAGUUGUUGGUCUCGUUUGUUUUUGUUUGUUUUACACAACUGCCUUCAUCAUCCUAAUGUGAGAGAUGAUAACUUCAUCUCCCUCUCUGUCUCCUUUAUUUUGGUUCCCUUCUCUUAAGUUCGAUAAACAUCAUGUUUUCACUUUUAAUGUCAAGAUGUUUUUUUCAAUGCAGAAAAUAAAAACACAGUAGUAAACAAAAUAGAAAAGCGUUGAAUUAACUCAAGAAAAGGACUUGAAGAAUAUCAAUGUGUUUUGUGAUGAAAAAAUAAAGUGGAAUGAUUCUUUCUUUCUCUAUUUUUUUCUAAUAUGUUUUUAUUUCCUAACGUUAAACAACUGGUUUUGUAACUAACUCCUUUUAAAAAAACAAAGUAAAAGUUAAAUUUUGAUGAAACUUUUAUACAGAAUAAAAAUUGUUUGCAGUUUUUGUGACA